UUUUGUAAUUUUGUAGCUAGGAAAUGUUUAUUAAAUGUAUUUAGUUAAAUUAUAAUUUUUAUUAUAAAAAUGGAAACUCUUUAUUUAAUUUGUAUUAAUAUUAUACUUAGUGUAUUUGCUUUUUUUUGUACUUAUAACAUUAUACCACAUUUAAAAUCUAUGUUUAUUGGUGCCAAUUUAUACGGAAAAGAUUUAAAUAAAAAAUCUGACAAUAAAAUACCUGAAGCUUUUGGUGUAGUGACAGGAUGUACAUUUCUGAUCACCAUCUUUCUGUUGAUACCACUCAUAUUUGGCCGGCAGAUGUUGCAAAAUGAUACUACUCUAUUUCCACACAGUGAAUUUGUAGAAAUGUUAGCAGCUUUGUUGUCAAUUUGCUGUAUGCUUCUAUUAGGAUUUGCGGAUGAUGUUCUUAACCUUAGAUGGCGACAUAAACUAUUACUACCCACUAUUGCUUCUUUGCCUUUACUUGUUGUUUAUUAUAUAAACUUCAACUCUACUACAAUUAUUGUACCUAAACCUUUCAGGGAUAUUUUUGGAGUAUCUGUGAACUUAGGUUUACUCUACUAUGUGUAUAUGGGUAUGCUAGCUGUAUUUUGUACAAACGCUAUUAAUAUAUUAGCGGGAAUAAAUGGUUUGGAAACUGGACAGAGUCUCAUUAUUGCAAUUUCUAUUUUAAUUUUUAAUUUAUUUGAACUAUCUGGAGAUUGUGCCCAAGCACAUUUAUUUUCAUUGCAUUUUAUAAUACCGUUUAUAUCUGUUACUUUUGCUUUGUUAAAAUUUAAUUGGUAUCCUUCUGAAGUAUUUGUUGGUGAUACGUAUUGUUAUUUUGCUGGUAUGACUUUUGCAGUAGUUGGGAUUCUUGGUCAUUUUAGCAAAACUAUGUUAUUAUUUUUUUUACCACAAAUAUUCAAUUUUUUGUACUCAACACCCCAAUUAUUCCAUUUCAUAAACUGUCCAAGGCAUCGUAUUCCGAGAUUGGACAAAUAUGGAACUCUAUCACCGAGUUAUGCAGAGUGUAAUAAUAAUAGUAUUUCAACCAUCGGAAAAAUGUGUUUGAAAUUAUUUUCAAUUUUUAAAAUUAUUCAUAUUGAAGAGAAAUCAGAUGGAAACAUUAAAUGUAAUAAUUUAACACUUAUCAAUCUAUGUCUACUUAAAAUAGGACCAACUAAUGAGAAAACAUUGACUAUAAUAUUGUUAAUUAUACAAUUUGUUUGCAGUUUAUUUGCGUUUAUUAUACGUUACCCAUUGGCAUCAUUAUUUUAUGAUGUAUAAUCAGCUGUUUACAAUAUAUUUUCCCGUAUAAACCAUCAAAAUUGAGUUUUAAAAUAUUUUUGUAAACAUGAACAAAAUAAUAAAAAUAAA